CACAACUAACGCUUGUGGCAGGAUCGAGUCAGAUCAUCGAGGGCAUUCUAGCCGCACCACAGGCGUUCAUGAGCGAUAUACCCAGCACGGGUAGCGUGCUCGGGGGUGAUGCUUGGGAGGUCAUCAAUCGCAACUUAGAUGAUUCUGAGGCCACCCGUGAAGAUGGUGGCCCCCUCAUCUACAAUCAUCAGCUAAGCACGCUCCGGUCCUUUGCGCCACGACGCUGGAUGUUACCGCCGAGGAGAGAGAUUGGCGGCCUGUCAGUCGGGACGCUGUGGGCAUGAGCAAAAGAGGCCAAGCUCGCAGGGCACAGCAUGAAGAGAAGAAGCGGAAGAAGAAGGAGGAAGCAGAAGCAGCAGCAGCAACAGCAGCGGAAACAGCAUCAACGCACACCCAAGUUGACAACGUCGAUGAUCCCAUUCUUGUCCUCGAUAAACCCUCCGACGUCUCUGCUGCACAGAGUGACGACAGCCAGCAAGCCAUCGGUCAUCACAACAAGAAGCGAAAGCAUGAUGAGCUUUCCGAGAAGUCGCCGAAGAGAAGAGAGGCGCCAGCUGCUGCCUACGAGGAAUCAAGCGGGGGAGAGCUGGACGAGUCGCUGAGGGUUAGAUUGAUGAGAUUCAUAAAUGCGAAUUUGAAGGCGGAAGAGGAGAAGAACCAAGCGAUUGUAGAGAAGCUCGAGGCUUCGGAGCGAGAGCGCAACGAGCUUCGGAAGGAUAACGCAGGACUGGAACAGGAUGAGGCAAAGCAGGCCCGGACAAUCGCGGAGCAGGCCGAGGACAUCGUAGAGCUGAUGCAGGAAGUCGCAAGGCUCAAAGCCUCCCAACGCUUCUGACCGCAGCGAGGACAUGUCGGUAUGUGGAAAUUUUGUCGAGCAAGCAGCCCACAGGUACCUAAGGUAGUGAUGUGUUGGUAGCAGCCCAGCUGCCAACGAGUGACAUGGGUGUGGUCUUUCUCACAGCGAUCCUUCCUGUAUCGCUCCUUCCUGUAUCGCUCCUUCCUACCUUAAGGUGCUUUAGCCCU